AUGGCUACAAGCAAGUCACACAUGAAGUGUUGUGUUGUUGGCUGCACAGCACAACACAAAUCUUUACACUUUCUCCCAGCCAAAGAGAACCGAAGAACCGAGUGGCUUCUUUUCAUUUUCGAUGGCCAUGUUCCCGCAACAGUCGGCAAAAAUCUUGUCGUGUGUGCAAACCACUUUAAGACAGACUGCUUUGAAAACCUGGGACAGUACACUGCGGGAUUUGCGAUCAAACUUCGUCUAAAGGAGGGAUCUGUACCUACUGUCCGUGGCAAGUCGCAAGACGAGACGCAUGCUAGCACGUCACUACAGUUUCCGGCAACAAGAGAAGUUGGUUGUCAAACAGAUCACCCAGAGAUUCUGAAACGUACUGUUGGUACACAGCUAUCUCUGCGGACUCUUCAGCCUCACUUCAGAAGUGAAGGUAUCCAGGCUACUGUGUCAAGCAAAGACUGUAGUGUUGACACGUCCACUGUUCCCCUCACUGCCCCGCCGCCUUUUUUAACGUCAACACCUAUAAAGGGACCUUGUCUGAAGGAGGUGGAGAAGGAGGGAGAACUAGAUCUUGAGGGCAGCACUUCAGUAGUGGCUUCUCAAGGGCUGGAUGCCACUUAUGAUCCGGCUGACUCUGUCACCGCUUUGACUGUGUCAACAGACAUUUCAGAUAUGGCAUCUACUCCAAUCCAUGAAGUGAGAAAAUAUAUAGUUUAUGAGACCUGCAUCAUGGAGCUGUUCAAGGUGUGUCCUGUGUGCAAGCAUCCAUGCACCAUUCAAACGAGACAGCUCGGGACAUUCAUCUCCGUGGUGCAGCAGUGCCCCCAUUGUGAGUACCGCCGAACUUGGGACAGCCAACCCCUACUCAACAACACUACUCCAGCCGGCAAUGUUCAGCUCUCUGUGGCAGUCUAUGUGAGUGGAGCCUCAUUUUUCAAAAUUCAAAGGGUCUUUAGGGCUAUGCACCUACAAGUGUUCCUUUACGACACCUUUCGUCGGCAUGCGCGCACCUAUAUUGAACCGGCCAUUGUCACCAAAUGGAAGGGCUUUCAGGAUGACAUGCUGCUCCGCCUUAGUAGGGAAAAUGCCAUAAUUGGUGGGGACAUGAGGGCUGACUCUCCAGGGCACUCCGCGAAAUUUGGUAGCUACACGGUGAUGGACCUGAAAACCAACACUGUGAUUGAUGUUCAGUUGGUCCAGAGCAACGAGGUAGGCGGUAGCUACCACAUGGAGAUGGAGGGCUUGAAGAGAAGCCUUGCAUUGUUGAAGGAGCGCAAGGUGACCCUUGACUGUAUAGUGACAGACCGACACCUGCAGAUCCAAAAGUUCCUGAGGGAAGCUGGCAUCAACCAGUACUAUGACGUCUGGCACGUGGAAAAAGGAAUUUCAAAACGGCUGGAGAAGAUCAGCAAAAGAAAAGACUGCCAGAAGCUGAAAAAGUGGAUGCGGGCUAUAAGGAAUCACAUAUACUGGACUGCGGCAACAUCUGCGUCAGGACCAGAGAGGGUGGCAAAAUUUACCUCCAUCCUUAACCAUGUCCGUGACGUCCACAUCCACGAGGACUCCAAUUUCCCAGCCUGUCUGCAUCCAGUUCGCAAAACCCGCGACAAGAACAAAUGGCUGACAGCAGGAACUCCAGCGUUCUACCAGCUGGAAAAGGUGCUGAGUGGCAAAAGAGUCCUCAAGGACAUUGCUAAACUUAGCCCCCACCACCAGACUUCAUCAUUAGAAUCAUUUCACAGUGUGAUCUUGCAAUUUGCUCCAAAAAAUGUGGUGUUUCCUUUCCUUGGGAUGCUUUGCAGGUAA